GGAUGAGUAUUAUAAUUCUUAUAUUUCUUCCUCCUAUGUCUUGUUCCCUUCUUUCCCGAGUCUCCUCCAUCAAAACGCACUCUUAAUCCUCCAUUAGAGUGUCUUCUGAGCUUUCUCUCCAGCAUUGAAACAGCUUUGAGGUGGGAAUCUUGGUAUGGGGAUUAGCAAAACUGAGAUAAAUCUGAGAAGGUUAAUUGCUGCUGCACCACAACAACAAAAUCAGGCAAAAUUGGCUCAUUAUGUUGCUACACUGCGCGAAUUGUUGGAACAGCUAACUGAAGAGACCACUCCAGAAGGCUUGCCCAGGGUCUCCAAAGCUAAAGUAAAUGAUUACUCUGAGAAGAUUGAAUCUAUUGCAGCCAAAUUAACUUCACCUAUGGAACUCUUUGAAGAGACUUCCACUGAGGCAAGCCCUCAAAUAGGUGAAGAACUUAAAGUUGCCUCCCCACCAGGACUUAGGAAGAGACCAGUGCCAUCCUCAUUUGUUGAAGACAAGUCACACGAUAAUGUUGGACCUGAUUCCUCACCACUUGUUAAAUUAGAUGCUGCUGCCCAUUCACAUAUAGACAAGCACAGAAAGCUUCAAGAAGACUUGACUGAUGAGAUGGUGGGAAUGGCACGACAACUGAAAGAGAGCAGUCUCUUAAUGAGUCAGUCAGUGCAAAAUGCUGAGAAGAUACUUGAUUCAACCGAGAAGGCAGUUGAGCAUAGCUUGGCAAGCACUAGUCACGCCAAUGUAAGGGCAAUGAGUGUUUUUUCACAGAGCUCAAAGACUUCAUGUUUAACGUGGCUUAUUAUGUUUAUUAUGCUAAUGGUUUUUAUGAUGGUGGUUUUCCUUAUUCGAAUUACUUGAGUUUUUUUACUCGAGCUGCUUAAAUUUAAAACUUAAGUUGUGUUGAUAAUUUUUUUUGGAUAAAAAAAAAAGGCGAUAAUGAUACAGUGUAAUACUUCUAAUCAACUAUCAGGUGACUGUUAAAUAGGUUUUUUUUUCUCUUUUUUUUUUUUUGUUUUUUGUUGGUACAUGUAAUGUAUUGUAAGAUCCUAUCUCAGGGAUUACCACUUCUGCUGAUAUGAUUGUUAGAAUUGAUUACUGACUUACUGUUAAUUGGUUUUAUUUUAUAAUUGAAUUGACAGGAGAAUUAUUGUAA